AUGGAUGUCUUUAAGAAAGGUUUCUCCAUUGCUAAAGAAGGUGUGGUGGCUGCUGCAGAGAAGACCAAGCAGGGAGUGACAGAGGCUGCAGAAAAGACCAAAGAAGGGGUAAUGUAUGUAGGCACUAAGACCAAGGAGGGUGUAGUGCAAAGUGUGACCUCAGUUGCUGAGAAGACCAAAGAGCAGGCCAACGUGGUGGGAGAAGCUGUAGUAGCCAGCGUGAACACAGUGGCAAACAAGACUGUAGAAGGAGCAGAGACCAUCGUGGCCACUACAGGAGUUGUAAAAAAGGAGGACCUGGCAGGAGGACCGCCCGAGCAGCCCAGGGUGGAGGGAGAGGGAAGCGCUGGUGGAGAGGAUGAAAUUGAAGGUAAUCCAUCAAGUUAGGGAAUUCUUGCUCAAAAGAGACCAUUCCAAGAGCAUACAUGGAAGUAUUAACUGACACCACAACAGGAAAAUCCCACUGUCCAUAGACUAACUACAUUCAGCUCUGUAGUCUUGCACUUGCCUCAUAAACCAGUCAUACAAUAUAUGUAAGCCAGACUCCUCUAAUUGUAAGUAACGUGCAG